AUGGGUGCCCUCAAAUACGUCGAAGAGCUCCAGAAGAAGAAGCAGUCCGAUGUGCUGCGCUUCCUUCUCCGAGUCCGCUGCUGGGAGCUUCGCCAACUGAACGUCAUCCACCGCGCCUCCCGUCCCUCGCGCCCCGACAAGGCUCGCCGCCUCGGAUACAAGGCCAAGCAGGGCUAUGUCAUCUACCGUGUCCGCGUCCGACGAGGUGGUCGCAAGCGACCUGCGCCCAAGGGUGCCACCUACGGCAAGCCCACCAACCAGGGAAUCAAUCAGCUAAAGUACCAGCGCUCGCUCAAGUCGACGGCCGAAGAGCGCGUCGGGCGCCGGUGCGCCAACCUGCGCGUCCUCAACUCGUACUGGAUCAACCAGGACUCGACGUACAAGUACUACGAAGUCAUCCUCGUCGACCCGCAGCACAAGGCCAUCCGCCGCGACGCCCGCAUCAACUGGAUCGCCAAACCGGUCCACAAGCACCGCGAGUCGCGCGGCCUCACCGCCACCGGCAAGAAGAGCCGCGGCAUCAACAAGGGCCACCGCUACAACAACACAAAGGCCGGCCGCAGACACACCUGGAAGCGCAACAACUCGCUGUCGCUGUGGCGUUACCGUUAA